AUGACGAACCAGACGAUUGCUGUAUACUUUCAUAUUUCUGGUUUUUCUGUUUCUCCUGGAAAGCAGAUUCUUCGGUUUAUUGCAUUUUUAUUAAUUUACCUUAUUGGGUUGAUGGGUAACCUAAUUCUAAUUUCAGUGACGUUAUUAGAGUCCCAUCUGCAAACUCCCAUGUACUUCUUUCUUCGCAAUCUCGCCUUUGUAGACAUCUGUUACACGUCAGUCACCCUUCCAAAGCUGAUGGACAUUUUCCUCACGGGAGACAAUGUAGUGUCCUUUACACCAUGCUUUACUCAACUGCAUUUUUUCACGACUACAGGGUGCACGGAGGUUGUCCUGUUGACCUCCAUGGCGUAUGACCGAUAUGUUGCUAUAUGCAAUCCAUUACGCUACUCUCUAGUGAUGAACAACAGAAGUUGUACUCAGCUAGUGUUGGGCAGCUGGUUGUUUGGCUUUGUUAACUCACUCCUCGUCACCAUAUUUGCAUCCCGAUUGUCAUUCUGUGGUUCCAAAGAGAUUCACCAACUUUUCUGUGAUAUUAAGUCACUGCUGAAAAUUUCCUGUAGUGACAUUGAAGACUUCCAAUCUAUAAUAUAUCUGGAAGUUUUAAUUGCAGGGCUUUGUCCUUUCCUGCUGAGUUUGAUAUCUUAUAUUAAAAUCAUAAUGAGUGUUCUCAAGGUCCAGUCAGAUGAAGGGAGAAAGAAGACAUUUUCUACGUGUACAUCCCAUCUCACUGUGCUUCUUUUGUUCUACGGCACCAUCUUUUGCAUGUAUAUCAGACCUCCCUCAGAACACUCGGAGAACAUGGACCAGUUUUUCUCGGUUCUGUAUGUUGCUGUGACUCCCAUGCUGAACCCUUUAAUCUAUAGUUUAAGGAACCAGGAAGUGAAAAGAGCGCUAAAAAGAAUUCUUGGAAUUAAACGUACAUCUUUAUUCUGGGAACAAAUACAUUUUAAUCAGUAG